AUGGAAGUGAGUGACGGGGAAUUAGAGGCGGCACUGUCAUCAAGCACGAAUGCUCGAGAGUACUUGAUUAAGCUCCUUGAACUGGUUGAUCCUGACAUGGUGAAACAUCUGCAGGCAUGUUUAGAGGAAGGGGCAUGUCAUGGAGAGCAGAGUUUUUCUGUGGAAGAUUGCAGUGUUGAAUUUGAACCCACUGUUGAUUCCGAAUGCCAAUACCUAACAGAUCAACUUACAAGUACGAAAAUCGAUUUAUGGUCGUCCUGUCCACCUGAUCCAGGUUUUAACUGUGAUGAAGUCAGCUACUGUCUUCUUCAUCUUGCACGUAUGGUGCGUCCCGAUCUGGCCGAUCUUCUGGAUCAAAUCAAUUUUUGCAAUCAACAGGUAUCUUCUCGCCCCAAUUCAGCACUUACUGCUCAACGAUCUACUUUACCCAAAUCUCAUCUUAAACCUUAUCUCUUCAAGCUCAUUCAAAAUUUCGACCCUGAGUUAGCCGAGUGCCUGGGAGAAUGCUCUUGA